AUGGCUCAAUAUUACACAAGAAUUCGUGAGACGGCGAAAAAAUGUGAAUUCGCUAACGAGGAUGAAGCGGUGCGUGACCAUCUCAUAAAAACAAUGACGAACAACAGACUUCGGGCUAAAACAAUUCGCAAUAAUUGGACUUUGACACAAAUUCUAGACGAAGCAGCGAUUGACGAAGAAUCAACAUCUCAAGCCAAUGAGAUCCAGAAAAAAUUGAAAUCAGAAACAGAGUAUAAAAGAGUCAAUCAGAUAAUAAAAAAGGAGACGAGACAGAGUUUUGAAAUAUGCCAGCGAUGUGGUUCGAAGCACGAAAGACGACAAUGUAAGGCGUACGGAGCAGAAUGUUACAAGUGUGGGAAACGGAACCAUUUCGCGCGAAUGUGUAAAAGCAUCCAAAGCAAAAGACAGGAAGAAAACCAGGAGACGCGGGGACGUGGUGAGAAGCAAGAUGUAAAGAACGGGAGAAAAUAUAACCAAGAAACAAGAAGGAAUCGAAGUAAAAGCAAGGGUAGAUUUAGUCGAAAGCGUAUUCGCCACGUGGAAGUAAAUAAAGACGAUGAAGAAACUAGCAACAGCGAUGAUGACAGUACGGACGAAGAUAUCGAAAGAAUUGUAAAGCAUUUAAAUAUCCAUCGUACAGCUAAAGAACGGGGCGAGAAGAACGAGUGUGCUAUUACAAUAAACGGAAUGAAGAUGAUCGUUGAACCAGACACUGGUGCUGAUGCAAAUGUUAUGGACGAAUACCAAUUUAAAUCACUUCUACAACAAACACCAGAAGAAACAGAAUUACGAAAGACAAAAAUGAAGCUAAAAACAUUAACAGAAGAAUUACCAGUGAUGGGUGAAUGCAGCGUGACGAUGGAAAAUGAAACUCGGAAAGCGGAAGCUACGAUUGCGGUUAUUAAAGGGAAGAUAGAUUCAUAUCCGCUAUUGGGAAGGAAAACCUUAGAAGAUCUUGGUAUGGUAAAAUUUGAUGCGACGGGCAGAUUAAAAGAGCCAAAUCGUGACCUGAAAUCCAUCAACCGGAUCAACCAUGAAAACAAAGAAUUAGUCGAGAUAAUUGGUCAGCACGAAGAACGGUUUAAAGGAAUUGGACAGGUGAAACGUGACGGUGAAGUCGUAGUAAUAAAUCUGCCGAUGAAAGAAAAUGUAGAACCGGUAGCACAGAAACCACGACGAGUACCCUAUCAUCUGGUGGAACCACUACGAAAAAGAAUUGACGAGUUCGUAGAGUAUGGAAUUAUGGAGAAAGUACCAGAAUGCGAAUCAAUUAGUUGGUGUUCACCUCUUGUGGUACAACCUAAGCCCAACAAUCCGAGCGAUAUCAGAGUCAGCCUGGACCUCCGUGUACUUAAUAAGUCGAUGGAGCGUACCCAACAAGUUCAGGCUCCUAUCACAGAAGAUUUCAUUACCACCUUCAAGGACUGUACAAUAUUUAGCAAGCUAGAUAUGAAUCAUGGUUAUCAUCAGUUUACCCUCGAUGAGCAAUCCAGAAAGCUGAUGACAUUCUCGACACCGUGGGGUAACUAUCGAUACCAACGAUUGGCGUUCGGAGGUAUUAAUAGCCAAGAUCUGUUCGAUGCAGAGAUGAGCAAAAUUAUUUCUGGAAUACCAAGAGUGCUGAAUAACAGAGAUGACAUCAUGGUGGGCGGAAUCGAUUGGGAAGACCAUAACAAGAAUCUAGCAACUUUACUUCAGAGACUGGAGUUACAUAACAUCACCUUACGAAAGGAGAAAUGCGAAUUUGGAAGAUCGGAGAUCGAGUUUCAUGGCCAUUUAUUUACGAAGGAUGGACUGAAACCAAGCCCAAAUAAAGUGGAAGCGGUGCAAGAGUGUAGUCCACCUAAAUCAAAAGAAGAAGUAGUAUCGUUUGUACAAAUGUUGGCUUAUUUGUCUCGGUACAUAAGUAACUUUUCCCGAAGAUGCGAGCCACUGAGAAGGAUCACUAAAGAUAACCAAAAGUUUUUUGGACGCAAGAGCAACAAGAAGCCUUUGAAGAUUUAA